UGGAUCGCGAGCUGGAUGGAGAUCGGCGGAGGGAUGCAUCACCGCGCACUUGGAGGACGAGCCUCGGUGACAAGCCAAACCAAGGCAGAUUCCCUGCUGCCAGUCUCAAUCCACUGGCUAGCGUCACCACGGAUGAGCCCAUGCAACGGGGCAGGUUCCGUCUCUCCUCUGAGGGAAGGGCGGUGCUUCUACUGCGGUCAGUUGGGUCAUUCCGUGAGCAACUGUCACGUCAAAGUUGCCGGUGCCGGUAGCCAGGGCACGGGAGAGGUGAGUCUGAAUUUCAUUAAGGAAGACCCUACACGGGUUCUUCCUAAAGUGACACUAUGCUCUCCUGAUUUGUCUCAAGUGCCCACCUGUUAUCAGGAUAUUAAAGAUGUUUUUUCCAAGGCCAAAUCCCUUCCACCCCACAGACCUUAUGACUGUGCUAUUGACUUGCUGCCUGGAACCACACCCCCACGAGGGAGGUUGUUCUCUCUUUCAGGGCCGGAACACAAGGCCAUGAAGGAAUACGUAGAAGAAUCACUGGCAGCCGGGAUCAUUCGCCCAUCUUCAUCCCCUGCGGGAGCAGGAUUUUUCUUCGUGGACAAGAAAGACAAGACCCUGCGACCCUGUAUCGAUUACCGGGGUCUCAAUGAGAUCACGGUAAAAAACAGCAGUUACUGCAGAAUCAACUCUAUGUCAAGGCUGAGAAAUGUGAGUUCCACCAGGCGUCCGUUUCUUUUCUGGGUUUCGUCCUGGCUCAAGGUGAAGUCAAGAUGGACCCUUGCAAAGUCGAUGCCGUUAUUAAUUGGCCUACUCCCACGUCACGCAAAGAUGUACAAAGGUUCUUGGGGUUCGCAAACUUCUACAGGAAAUUCAUCAGGAAUUUCAGUUCUAUAGCCUCUCCUUUGCAUGAUCUUACCUCGCCACACAAACCUUUUGUAUGGAACCCGCUUUGUCAUGCAGCUUUUCAAAAACUUAAGUCGAGCUUUACCUCCGCUCCCAUCCUUACUUUGCCAGAUCUCAAACAGCAGUUUGUGGUAGAAGUCGAUGCGUCUGAUGCCGGAAUAGGAGCAGUGCUCUCCCAGAAGUCUCAAGGAUGAGAAGUUACAUCCUUGUGCGUUUCUCUCCAAAAAAUUGACCCCAGCUGAAAAAAAUUGACAUUGGCGACUGUGAACUGUUGGCAGUCAAGGUGGCUUUGAUGGAGUGGAGGCACUGGCUAGAGGGGGCACAUACUCCGUUUUUAGUAUGGACAGAUCACAAGAACCUUGAAUAUAUUAAAACUGCCAAAAGAUUAAAUGCGAGGCAGGCUAGAUGGGCUCUUCUCUAGAUUUAAUUUUACGUUAUCAUACCGACCGGGUUCUAAAAAUGGUAAGCCAGAUGCUUUGUCACGCAUUUUCUCCGAGGAGAGUUCUUUGUCCGACCCUAAGACUAUUUUGCCUAAGUCAUGCUUCAUUUCCGCUUUUGUUUGGGACAUUGAGACUGUGGUUGAAGGGGCUCUGAAAGACACUCCUAGCCCUGAAGAUUGCCCCGAGAACGGGCUUUAUGUGGUUCCGACCUUAAGGGGAAAAGUCAUCCACUGGGCUCACACGAACCGAACGGUAUGUCACCCAGGCAUUGCCAAGACGCUAUCAGUGGUCGAACAGCGCUUUGGUGGCCUAAUGUUAGGAGGGAUGUUAGCGAUUACGUCAAUGCUUGGCAGGUAUGUGCUGCUAACAAGGCCUCUCAUCAACGUCCUUCUGGGGAGUUGCGACCCCUGCCAAUACCACAACGUCCUUGGUCAGACAUUUCCGUAGACUUUGUUACAGGAUUACCGGCCUCUAAAGGCAAAACCACCAUUCUUACAGUUGUUGACAGGUUCUCUAAGAUGGCGCACUUCAUUGCACUUCGAAAACUUCCCUCAGCUAAAGACACUGCCGAGCUAAUGAUUAAUCAGGUUUUUGAAGUUCCAUGGUUUCCCCAAGAAUGUGGUGUCUGAUAGGGGUCCCCAAUUCAUUUCGCAAUUUUGGAAGGAGUUUUGUGAACUCAUAGGUGCUACCGUCAGUCUGUCAUCCGGGUUUCAUCCUGAAACCAACGGCCAAACCGAGAGGCUGAACCAGGACCUGGAGACGGGGCUCCGAUGUCUCGCUUCACGGGAGCCGCGAUCCUGGUCUCAGAAACUGGUUUGGGUCGAAUUCUCCCACAAUUCCCUCCCCUCUGCAUCCACUGGUCUAUCGCCUUUUCACGUUGUGCAUGGUUACCAACCAUCUCUGUUUCCUGCCAUAGCCCCAGAAUCCACAGUUCCAGCGGCAUUAACCUUGGUGAGACGCUGUAGGAGGACCUGAGAGCGAGCCCGCCAGAUGCUGCUGCGCCAGGGACGGUCCUACAAAGCCGCUGCUGACCGUCGGAGGACACCGGCCCCGAACUACAAAGUGGGUCAGCGAGUUUGGCUUUCGACCAAACAUAUUCCACUCCGGGUGGAGUCCAAGAAGCUCGCUCCCAGGUUCGUUGGGCCCUUCCCCAUCACAAAAAAUAAUCAACCCUGUCACCGUGAAGCUGAGGCUCCCAAGGUCCAUGCGGGUCCACCCUACUUUUCACGUCAGCCUACUCAAGCCAGCCCGGGAGUCCCCUCUGGUCCCGCCUUCCAGGCCCCCUCCUCCCCCCCGGUUUGUGGAUGGGGGCCCUGUCUUCUCUGUGAAGCGGCUGUUGUCAUCUCGUCGGAGGGGCAGGGGGUUUCAAUAUCUGGUGGACUGGGAGGGCUAUGGGCCUGAGGAGCGUUCCUGGGUACCGUCUGCGUUUAUCGUGGAUGAUUCGCUCAUUCGGGACUUCCACGUUGCGCAUCCAGGGGCCCCAGGGCCGUCUGGGGCCGGCCGUUAAGGGGGGGGGGGGUACUGUCAUAUGUGUGUGUGUUCCGGGUUUUGUCUUCCCCCCCUGUUUCACACACACCUGCUCAUGUGAGCAUC